AUCUGGGAGACUGUGCCGUGGUUAACACGGCUCUAGGCCGAUCAUCAUAGAGGCAAUCCGAAUCGGCACAACUCUGGAUGAAGGUCGUCUGGGUCGGCAAAACCCCGGAAGGCAUGCAAGUGGUCGGUGGUGCUUGAGCGAACUAUUGGGACACUUUCCCUUGAUCUGGUCAUCCCAUUCUUCGUCACUCCAUAGGUCAAUGAAAAAAAAACCAGACUUUGGUUGCGGUCCGCCACGAGUAAGCCGAACCAAACAUCAUGUUGUUAGAAAUAUAUAUAAGAACUUCGUUCUUCGUUUUCAUAAUCAUUCAAACAUACUGAGUAUAUCUAACUACCAGCUUAUCUCCUCUUCCAAUUCUAACUUUCGAGUAACAUCAAAGUACUCUGCAGCUACUACCAAAACUACCUCCACAACCACAACCAAAACUACCUCCACAAUCACAACCACAACCACAACCACCACUACAACCACAACUACAACCACAACCACUACUACUACCAUUACCACCAUCUCCUCCAGCCUCCAUCCCCAUCAUCAACAUGGGUUCCUGCUGUUCUUUCUGCUAUCCUUGCUUCCGGAGCAUCGAGAAUAAACCCGAGUGCUGCCUCUAUGCCUCCGCCCACAUGAUGCCAUG